GGCGGGGCUCGGUGAAGACCCCAUCCCGCAACGCGACGGUACAGACACAAGCUGCAUAUAUCCCCACCCUUGUCGUGGUUAAUACUGCCAACGGGUUCUCAGGCUAUGUUCUAAGGUAGGUCUAUAAGAACUUCUGUUUGGCCGCCAAAGUUCUCUCUACCCGUUUCCAAUCUCAUCUGUAGUAUUUUCUUGUCUUGAUUCGGGACACGCCAUCACCAAGAACAUACAAGUUCAAGCAAUAAAUUACACAUCUCCGACGAUAUAUUUUGCCUAGUAUAUCUUCUAGUAUCUGAAAACCUAUACUACAAUGGCGACAACUGCGUCUCUUCUUCCGACUAUUCCCCGCAUAUUCUUCCUCUAUCUAGAACCAGUUGCGAUAACAUAUGGCAUGUUUACAAAUUAUGCCUCGCGCCAUCCCAUAUUUGAGCUUUCGUCUAAUGCACAAAAUGCUUUACCUAUCCCGUCGCUAAUCAUGCCAUCGAUGGCCACGGGCUACCUUCUUAAUAUGAUGUUAUACGGUCUAAUCAUUCUCCUUGCGUCGCCGCCUAAUAAGCGCCUGUUGCAACUACACAUUGGGAUAUUGAUAAUUGCCGAUCUUACGCACUGGGCUGGUCUUUUUUCGACAAUUGCCGAAAAUGACCCUCGUGGGUGGGCCGCCAUCUUCGACACGAGUAGUUGGGGAGCUGAUGUCUGGAACCUUGCUACGUAUCCUAUUAGCAGCCUCUCUAUUAAGUUUGCGACUUUGGCUGGGCUCUUUGGCGAGAUUCAGGGCUAGUAUUUGAGC